AUGAUAGAAACAGCAGGCAUAGAAACUUUUUCUUCCUCCAGCUUUGGUAGACCGUGUAGCUUGAGUACUGGUAUCAGCCAAUCUCCUAGUAAUUCUAUUGGAAACAGUGGUGGCCCCAGCGAAAGUAUAGUCAGGAUGAAGGACCAUGGAUCCCCGGAUUCCAGUGGGAAGAAGCUUUGUAGAAGAUUGUUCAAUCUUGAACUUCCAGCCGAUGAAUACAUCAGUGAUGGAGAAGAACCAGGAGGAGUUUUCAUGGGGUCGGGUACAGAAAAUUAUCCUCCUAACAGAAAAAUGAGAAGCAGUGGUUUGAUUGAUCUGAAUGAACCUAUUCAGAUAGACAAAGUGUCCGCUUCAACUUCUGUCUUUAAGUUUGGCAAUGACUUCAGCUCCAAAGAGGAGAUAGAAAGGCAGGUUUUAUCCGCAAAUGGCUACAAAGGUGUCUGGCCUUUUGCAAAGAAAUUCCCUGAAAACCCACAAAUGGGGAAGGAUGGAAGAGUUCAAGAAUGA